UUCCACUGGGCCUUGAAUACAGUCCACCGAAGUAGAAUCUCGAAUUUAAGCGACUCUGGUUUUUCCGCCAUCAACUGGAGACAGAGAGGGUUUGUGACCAAACUUCGAAAGAAAAGAGAGCAAGAAUCAGAGAGAGAUGGGAGUGACAAAGGAGCAAGUUGAGUCUUCACUGACCUCUAAGUUGAACCCUGCACAUCUCGAAGUAAUUGAUACAUCUGGAGGAUGUGGUGCUAGCUUUACUAUUGAGGUAGUAUCGGAGAAGUUUGAAGGGAAGAGGUUGCUGGAGAGGCAUCGGGUGGUAAACGCAGCUCUGGAAGAGGAGAUGAAGCAGAUUCAUGCUCUCUCGAUAAAGAAAGCUCUGACACCAGAGCAGUGGAAACAACAGCAGGAGUCUGAAAAACCUGAACCUGCUGCUUAAACAUAAUCUUUCAAAGUUCGGGUAUUUGGUGUAGCUGAUAAGCUCGAAAGUGUUUGGAAUAGAUUUUGAGUGGGAAACUGUAUGAAAUUUCUUUUCUUCCGACCUCCUACGUUACGGAUUGAAAAUAUGUUGCUAAAAUAAUGGUUACUGCUCUUGCUUUGUCACACAAAAUCAUGUUAAUUAUUUUACCCACUGUGUAUACGAGAUAUUUCUGUAUUUUGGAUGAGUCGUGAUAUACUAAAUAUAUAUGAGUAUAAUAUAUAGGUGUUGCAUAUUGCACCUCUGCUCAGACUGAUCUCUAGAUGUUCGAUGAAAAGUCUAAAUGAAGUCAAUUUGC